AUGGAAGUAUAUGUGGAUGAUAUGAUUGUUAAGUCCGCCAAGUCCGGUGACCACGACGAUGAUCUCAAGGAAGCAUUUGCUCAACUAAGAAAAUAUCGAAUGAAGUUAAAUCCCGAGAAAUGUUCAUUUGGGAUUCAAGGGGUAAAGUUUUUGGGAUUCAUGAUAACAUCAAGGGGGAUUGAAGUGAACCCAGAUAAAGGCAGGGCGAUCUUGGAAAUGAAAAGCCCAACAAAUGUCAAGGAAGUACAACGAUUAACAGGACGCAUGGCUGCCUUAGCACGUUUCUUGCCAAUGGCGGGCGACAAAGCAACUCCGUUCUUCACUUGUUUGAAAAAGAACUCGAAGUUUCAAUGGACCGAGGCAUGUGAACAAGCUUUUACUAAAUUGAAAGAAUCAUUAGCAACGUUACCGGUACUAUCCAAGCCCACACCAGUCGUUCCUUUGACGCUCUACUUGGCAGUCACGGAUAGGGCGGUCAGUACGGUGUUGCUUCAGGAAGAAGGGAAAAAGCAGAAGGUAAAAGGCGAGUAUCAAGUGAAGGAUCCACAACUUUCUAAAUACCUGGAAGUGGUACAUAGAUUAAUGAUGGAGAUAGAGAAGAUCAGGAUAGAACAUGUUCCAAGAAGUCAAAAUGAAAGGGCUGACGUGCUAGCAAAAUUGGCCAGUACGGGGCGAUUGGGCAAUUAUCAAACAGUCAUCCAGGAAACCCUUCCUCGCCCCAGUAUUGACUUGGUGGAAGUUAAGUUAAAAGAAGUGAAGUCAGUGAUUGAAGGCGAGCCUUCGUGGAUGGAGUCAAUCAAGACUUUCCUAAAAAAUCCUCCAAAGGAUGAUGAUCUGAACACAAAGGAAAAGCGUAGGGAGGCUAGUUUUUACACGCUGGUAGACGGUGAGCUAUAUCGCCGGGGAAUUAUGUCUCCUGUGCUCAAAUGUGUUGACACAAGAGAUGCCCUGGGAAUCAUGACGGAGGUUCACGAAGGAGUAUGCUCUAGUCACAUAGGUGGGCGAUCAUUGGCAGUAAAGAAGCGGAAGCAGUGGCGACUAUUACAGCCGCCAAAGUCAGGAACUUUCUAUGGCGACGAAUAG